AUGUCAUCUCAAUCCAAUGAAGCUAAUAAUCAACAUGAUGAAUGUUGUGGUGGUCAUCAUCACCAUCAUCAAAAGAAUAAGCAACAAGCAGCUUCUUUAAAUAUCAAUGCAAAGCCUUUUACUUUUUCCGAGACAUCAGGUUCAUCAGCUGAACAAGCUCCUAAGAAGAAACAUUCUAGAAAGCCAUUCAACAAGAUUCCAAAUAAUAAUAAUAAUAAUAACAAUGGAAUGGUUCAAUCAUCAGAAUCAUCAACUACUACUAGUAGCAGUGGAAAUGUGAAUGAAAACAAUCAAACACAUUCUCAAGAAAAGCCUUUAAAGAAGAAGCCUUUUGCUAAGAACAAACCAAAUCAUCAACAAGUCAUUGAUGAAUCUAAUCAACAACCACCACAAGGUCAAGAAUCUAAUUCAACACCAUCAUCAUCAUCCUCUUCUACUAAACCUAAGAGAAAUAACAAACAAGCCUUUAAAAAGUCGAGUCAUGAAUCAGCCACCACUUCAUCUGUUGUAGAUAGUUCCAACAAUAAUUCAUCAGCCUCCAAUGCCUUUUCUUCCAACACCACUAGUGUAAAUAAUAGACCACCACGUAGUGCUAGAAAACCAAAGCCAUCAGCCACUACAACUCCUAUCAAUGAUCAGCAACAAGAAGAAGGAAAUACUGUAUCAUCACCAAUUCAACAACAAGUAACAUCUUCUACUGAUGGUUCUGCAGUUUCAAAGAGAAGACAAAAAUUCCAAAAUCAUCCUCAUGCUAAAACUUUUGUUAAACCAAUUGUUGCUGAUGAUAAUUCUGAUACCAUCAGUACAACAGCAAGUGAUGUGAGUAAUAGUACUGCAACAAGUGCUUCCUCUUCUAAUAACAAUAAGAAAAAGAAGAAGAAUAACAAACCAAAAGUUGAAAAACAAGAUUCGGAACAAAAAAAGGAUUCUAAAAAGAAGAAUAAGAAGAAACAUCAUGAUAAUGAUGAAGAUAUGUUUUGGUCUCAUUCUUUUUCAAAUGCUGGUGCCUUCUCUACCAAGACAACAAGAACUGUUUAUGAUAAAUUGAAAGCAGCCAAAUUGACUGAAGAGGAAGUUGAAGCAUUACCAUUGCAAGACAAAAUUAUGUAUCAAUUGACAAAACAAACUUAUGACUGUAUGGUUUGUAGUGAUAACAUUUUAAGACAACAUCAUACUUGGUCUUGUACUGAUUGUUAUAGAGUUUUCCAUUUACAAUGUAUCAAACGAUGGGUUUCAGAAAAAGUUGAAACUGAAGAUAGAAAUCAUUGGAAAUGUCCAGGUUGUAAUUCUGCAAAAAUUGUAAAUAUUCCAACAGAUUAUUUAUGUUUUUGUGGAAAGAUUGCAAAUCCAAAGGUUAAUUUGGAAGUUAUUCCUCAUUCAUGUGGAGGUUUAUGUGGUAAAGUUAGAUCUUGUCCUCAUCCUUGUACUGAUUUCUGUCACCCUGGUCCAUGUAAAGAAUGUGAUCUCACUAGAGAUGUUAAAUGUCAUUGUGGAAAGGAAACAUUCUAUUCUAUCAAGUGUAAUGAUCCAAAUUAUAAGAAUGGUGCAUCUUGUGGAAGAGUUUGUGGAAAAUUACUUUCUUGUAGAAAACAUACUUGCCCAAAUCCUUGUCAUCAAGGUCCUUGUGAACCUUGUAAGGAAAUAAUUAAUGUUGAAUGUUAUUGUGGACAUUCCAAUUUACAACAAGGAGUUUCAUGUCAUACUUAUAGUCAUUUGAAUACUUCAAUUGCUCAUCGUGAAUAUAAUUUAUUUGAUAUCAAGAAGGGUGAAGAUGAUUCAACAAUUUAUAGAACCUAUAGUUGUAAUCAAACUUGUAAGAAACUUUUACCAUGUGGUCAACAUUGUUGUGAUAGAGUUUGUCACUAUGGAAAAUGUAUUGGACACAAGAUUUCACAAUGGGUUAAAACAACAAGUCAAGAAGAAGAGGAAGGUAUCGAUGAGUAUAUCAAAAAGAAUGGUUGUUAUCAACAAUGUAGAAGUAUUUUGAAAUGUGGACAUUUCUGUACUUUGAAAUGUCACCCAAAUCAAAUCAAGUGUAUGAAAUGUAAUGCUCAAGUUGAAGUUUAUUGUAAAUGUGGUAGAAAGUUUGAAAAGAGAACUUGUGAUGGUAAGAGCAGAGAGGAGUCUGAUGUUAUUUUCCUUGACUGUGAUGAAGAAUGUAGAAAGAUUCAAAGAGUUAAACAACUUGCUGAAGCAUUCCAAAUUGAUUAUGAUAAGUUUGAAUUGCCAGAAUAUACAAAUGAACUUACUGAUUUUGCAAGAAGAAAUUUGCACAUUAUCAAAAAUUGGGAAUUUGAAUUUGAUGUCUUGUUAACAUCUGAUAACAAGAGAGCAUCUAAACAAUUUACACCAAUGAAGAGAGAACGUAGAGCUUUACUUCAUGAAUUAGCAGAACAUUACAAAUUUAGUUCAGUUUCAGUUGAUGCAGAACCUAACCGUUCAGUUAUUGUUACAUUGGGUACUCAAUCUAAGAGGCCAUCAAUUUUAUUGAGUGAAGUUGUUACUGAUCCUGAGAAAUUGAGAAAGUUAAAGGAAAAGAUUAUUGAACAAGAAGAGAAGGAAAGAAAGGAAGAAAUUAAGAGAUAUAGAAAAUUCAAGUCAAACAAUCAAUCCAAUUCUCCAAUUGAUGAAGAUGAAUGGACAAGUGUUAAGGGUAAAUCAUCAUAUCAACAAGAAGAAAAGGAAGAUGUUCUUUCUCGUAUUGUACAUGCAGGAAAUAAUGCAAAGAAUAUCAAAGCCCAAGAUGUUGAUAAGAAAUUAUUUACAAAUUCAUUCGGAUCAUUUAUUGAACAGGAUCAUCACCGUGAUAGUAAUGAACAACAUGAACAAGAACCUGUCAAGGUUGGAGACACUUUAAAUUGGGCCAAUGAAAUGGAGGAUGAAGAUUCUAAAGUUUUGGAAGAGUCCUUGUAG